AUGAGCGCAAAGGAUUCGGCCGAGGUGGAGGCCGCCCUGAACAAGAAACCGUCGCCGUCCAAAAGCCCUAACCAUGCGCUUUUGACGCAGUUAACGCGCCGGGCGGCUAUCACCCAGAUAGUGACUGCUGUUGUGGCCAACAUCACCAUCAUCUCCUCUGGCAUGGGAAUCGGUUUUCCGUCCAUCGCCAUGAUUGAGCUUACAAACUCGACUACCUCAGUGGUGCUCACGGAAUCCAACGCAUCCUGGUUCGCGUCCAUCACAUCCAUCAUGUGCCCGUUUGGAGGACUCCUUUCCGGUUAUCUGCUGGAUAAGGUCGGCCGCAAGAAGACGCUCUACUUUAUCAACGUCAUAUCGAUCGUGUCCUGGGCAAUUAUGUCGUUUGCGAGCCGCACCGACAGCACGACGCUAUUUAUCCAGCUAAUCGUGGCGCGUAUAAUAAUCGGCAUCGCGAUAGGCUUAUCUAGUACUCCAGCAUCGGUGUACGCGGCGGAGGUUGCCCAUCCAAAUCUUCGAGGGCGCCUAACGCUGCUGACAGCGUUCUGCACCGCCAUCGGUAUGCUCAGUAUCUACACACUCGGCUACGUCUUCAAGAACGAUUGGCGAUUUGUGUGCAUGAUCUGUGGGGUGUUCACUGUCGUGUCCUUGCUGACGGUGAUACCCCUGCCCGAGUCGCCUAGCUGGCUCGUGAGCAAAAAGCGCCUCGAGAAGGCGGAACGAUGUCUAAAGGUGAUCCGCGCCAUAAAGGAAGACGACAAUCCCGAGAUCCGGGCCGAACUAGAGGCGCUGGAAGAGAACAUUGCCCGUUUCCGAUCAUCCGGGCAGACGAAAAAGUCCAAGCUGGAUCAGCUGAAGAAACCGGAAGUGUACAAACCGCUCACCAUUAUGUGCACGUUCUUCUUCUUCCAGCAGUUCACUGGCAUCUUCGUGAUCAUCGUGUAUGCGGCCAGCUUCUCGAUUGAGGCCGGCGUAGCGAUCGAUCCGUUUUUGAGCGCGGUUUUCGUGGGGUUGACACGUGUCGUAACGACGGUGUUGAUGUCGUUCAUCUCGGACAAGUUUGGUCGUCGUCCACCGGCCCUGUUCUCCGGGUUCGGUAUGGCCUGCUGUAUGUUUGGGCUAGCCGUUUGUGCCAUCCACCCCGUGAAGGGUACCUCGCUGUCCUGGAUACCCACGGUGCUGCUGGUGGCGUUCAUUUUCACAGCCACACUCGGCUUCCUGACGCUUCCCUUCUCAAUGAACGCUGAGGUGUACCCGACGAAGAUUCGAGGAUUCGCCUCCGGGUUGACCAUCUUCUUUGGCUACACCAUGUCGUUCAUUAUCCUGAAGGUGUACCCUUCGAUGGUUGAAACGAUCGGCAACUCGAACGUUUUCAUACUGUUCGGGUGUAUCUCGAUGCUUGGCAUCGCCUUCGUGUACUUCUUCCUGCCGGAAACGAAGGGCCGCACGCUCCAGGAUAUCGAGAAUCAUUUCCGAGGCAAGAAAUCGUCGGAUAAGCCAGAGGUGGAAAUGACAACGAUUCUUACGAAGGGCAACGAGUCGCAGCAGCGCGAUUGAUGAUGACCAAUGCCGGCUGCGCGAACCAGGCAGCCACGUCUUCUACCCAACAAAAUGAACAACUCAAAGGAACCAAGAACUGUGAUAAGGCACCGGUACGUUAAAGAUUAUGUGCGAUUUUUUAACUUUGUUAUAAUAGAAACUGUUUACUUAUGCAAGUACAUGUAAACGAAUUAAAUGACAGUUUAUAGAAAAAAUGUUACGGGAUGUAGUAUCAAAAAACUCCACUGCCAGCAAACACUUUACACCAGAGAUCGCUAGAUGGCAGAUCGCAAAACCCCAUAAAAGGGCAGCAUACU